AUGCUUUGUGGGAUUGCCCGGGGAUUUGGAAAGGUGCUGGUGAGUAGGUUCCCCUCGUCAACAGCCCGGCGAAGGCAUCUGUUGGCCAACAACUGCUCUAUCUUGGCCUCCAGGAGCUACACGCUGGACAACGGACCCAAGGUGAAGUCGGAUCAUCGCUCGGGAACGAUGGUUGAAGUGGCCCGCAUCAUCCGCGAGCAAUCCGGCGUGGAUGUGGGCUACCAUGCCAUUCCCAAGCCCCGGGAUCACCUGCUGCAGCAUCAGCCGAAGAGAGAGGAACUCCCGUCCAGAACCAUGCUGGAUUCCCACACCACUGCCAUUCUGCCCCUGAGUUCCAGCGAGCUGAUCCGCGAGAGCUACGUGAAUCACCUGGGCAGGGUGAGAUUGGGUCGCAUUAUGGAGGAACUGGACAUGUUUGCGGUGUGGAUCUGCCAUCGCCAUGUCAAGCUGCCCAAGCUGCCGAAAGGAGUGCCUCUGCCCUACACCUUCGUCACCCUGCUGGUGGACAAGGUGGAGUUCACCAACCUGGAGCGGCUGCAGGUGGACCAGGACAUCGAGAUCAGUGGCCACAUCUCGUGGGCCGGUCGCAGUUCCAUGGAGAUCACCAUCUAUGUGAAGCAGUUGGCACCUGGAAGCUCGGAAUACAUCGACGUGACCAAGGCCAUCUUUGUGAUGGUGGCCAGAAACGCCACCAACACGGGAGCGGCGCCCAUAAAUCCCCUGGAGAUUGGCGACGCCACCGAGCAGCUCAUCUGGGAGCAGGCGGAGAAGCGGCAGCAGCAGCGCAAAUCCUCCGCCAUGGAAUCGGUGCUCAAUUCGCCGCCCAGGGAGUACGAGCAGACCAUCAUGUACGAGAUUCUCAAGCGGACCACGCCCACGAACAGCAUGGAUCUCAACAAGCGCGUCCUGCCGCCGAAGUGCCGCUGGAUGGAGGACUCGCUGCAGACGACGAUGAUCGCCCCGUUCCCGGAGAACCGGAAUGCCCAGAACACCAUCUUCGGCGGCUACCUGAUGCGCCAGGCCGUCGAGAUCAGCUUCAUCAUGGCCAGCAUCUACCUGGGCGACCGGCCCAUCCUCAAGUGCAUCUCGGACAUCAGCUUCAUGCACCCGGUGCACGUGAACCGGUUCCUCCAGCUCACCGCCUACGUGGUCUACGCCGCCCAGAACUACGUCCAGCUGAUGACGGUGGCCCAGAUUUGGGACGCCAAGAGCGGCAAGGUGCAGACCACGAAUGUCUUCUACCUGACCUACAGGGCGGACAAGGUGCUGGACGAGGUGCUCCCGCGAUCCUACCGAGAAAUGCUGUGGUACGUCCACGGCAGGCGGAAGCUGCUGGCCGCCCUGAACCUGCAGCCGGAGCUCCCGGAUCCCAUCGACGUGCCCAAGGAGAAGGAGAAUAACAUCUGCACUUAAGAUAGUUGGUAGUUAUAGAAUUUCUUAAUUUGUAGCUGGUUAGAUUGAAAUAAAAUGAAAAUUUUGGAAA